GGCAGUUGCUCAAAGUGUUUAUAUCAGCGAAAAUUCGCAGACCCUUCGACGAAAUUUCCCAUAGACUCCAAGCAAUUCAAGAAUCUCUCCUUCUCUCUCUCUCUUUCUCUCUCUGAGUUUUCACUUUCCCGCUCGCUUUUUAACUUUUCUUUUCCUUUUCUUUUUCCUUUCUCAUCGAUUCGAAUCCACGUCACAGUUGUGUUGUCCUUUGUUUGGAUCAAUCCUCCGUUUGGUUGCUGAGAAGACAAACGAAAAUCUUGUUACUUCUGGAUUUUCUUUUGUUCCUGGGGAUGGAAAAUUGAAGUCAAUCAAAGUUCAUUUUCAUGUAAUUGGAGUGCUUGGUGUUUAUUCUUUCCUUGGACUUCCUCUUUUGUGUAACGCUUCUGUUUUGAUUGCUGAGAAAAUAGGGUAAAGAGAAGAAAUUGUGUUCUCGGAUCUCAAACCGUACUUUGUUUUUUUCAAUGCGAAAGGAGAAGUUUUGAGUCAAAUUGAAGUUUGGUUCAUGUGAUUGGAAAGCUCGUAUUGUCGUUCUUAAACUUCAUCGUUGGCCAAGCAAGACGGUUUAGUUUCUGAAAAUGCAAACUAGGUAUAUGGAAAAAUCAAGCAGCAUGGCGAGGGAGAAGCGAGGUUUGGAUGCUACGUCAGCUGACGAAGGUCAUCCUGAUAGGAAGCGACCUGCUCUGGCUAGUGUAAUCGUUGAAGCUCUAAAGGUGGAUAGUCUGCAGAAACUUUGUUCAUCAUUGGAGCCUAUUCUUCGGAGAGUUGUUAGUGAAGAAGUGGAGCGUGCUUUAGCAAAAUUGGCUCCUACCAAACUUACUGGGAGGUCUUCUCCUAAACGUAUAGAAGGGCCUGAUGGAAGAAACCUACAGCUGCAAUUCAGGUCCAGGCUGUCCCUUCCUCUAUUUACUGGUGGAAAAGUAGAGGGGGAACAAGGUGCUGCUAUUCAUAUUGUUUUGAUGGAUGCAAACACUGGCCUUGUUGUCACAUCAGGCCCAGAAUCUUCAGUGAAGCUAGAUGUUAUUGUGCUUGAAGGUGAUUUCAAUAAUGAGGAUGAUGAUAACUGGACUCAAGAAGAAUUUGAGAGUCAUGUGGUGAAAGAGCGUGAAGGAAAGAGGCCACUUCUGACUGGGGAUUUGCAAGUGACACUGAAGGAUGGUGUAGGAACACUAGGUGAAUUAACAUUCACCGACAACUCAAGCUGGAUAAGGAGCAGGAAGUUCAGGCUAGGAUUGAAGGUUGCCUCUGGCUAUUGUGAGGCCACUCGCAUACGUGAAGCAAAAACAGAAGCAUUCACUGUUAAGGAUCACCGUGGAGAACUAUACAAGAAACAUUAUCCGCCUGCAUUGCAUGAUGAUGUUUGGAGAUUGGAGAAAAUUGGCAAAGAUGGGUCAUUUCACAAGAGGCUGAACAAAGCUGGAAUUUAUACGGUUGAAGACUUUCUAAAACUUGUGGUUAGAGACUCACAGAGAUUACGAAAUAUUCUUGGAAGUGGCAUGUCAAAUAAGAUGUGGGAUGUUCUUGUAGAGCAUGCAAAAACUUGUGUUCUAAGUGGGAAACUGUAUGUGUACUAUCCUGAAAAUGAGAGGAAUAUUGGUGUCACUUUUAACAACAUCUAUGAGUUUUGUGGCUUAAUUGCUGAUGGACAAUAUUACUCAGUCGACUCUCUUUCUGAAAGUCAGAAGGUCUAUGUGGACACCUUGGUGAAGAAGGCAUACGACAAUUGGAUGCAUGUUAUAGAAUAUGAUGGGAAGUCACUUCUCAACUCUAAGCAAAAUAAGAGUUCAGAUGCUUCUCAAAGCGAGGUCCCAAUGAAUUCACAAGAUUAUUCAGACUCUUUUAACCAGCAGUUCGCCUUACAAAGCCUGCCUGUUGCAGUUCCUCCAGAGCAGUCUUCUGCAGAUUCAGUUGGACUAACAGCCGGAGGGUAUAAUGAUAAUAUGGCAGCCAGAUUCUCGCUACAGUCUCAGAAUGCAAAUCUUAAUGCUCCUAUUCAGUUUGAUGGCACUUCUUUCUCUCUACAAAAUCCUUUGAUCAGCGCUUCUCACCAAGCCCAACUUCCAAAAAGUGACAACGUGCUGUCCCUUGGUCCACUACAGUCGUCCACAUCGGGAUACCAGACAGUUGGUGCAUCCAAUCUUACUUCUUAUAAGGAAGACUACUUCCCAGAGGACGAGAUACGCAUGAGAAGUCACGAAAUGCUUGAAAAUGACGAUAUGCAGCAUCUCCUACGUAUGUUUAACAUGGGAAGCCAUGCUCAUACCUCCAUUAAUGUGAAUGACGAUGGAUACCCUUAUUCCUCGCAAUAUAUGGACACCCCAUCUCUAAACUACAACUUUGAUGACGAUCAAACUCGUUCAUCUGGAAAAGCUGUUGUAGGGUGGUUGAAGGUCAAGGCAGCCAUGAGAUGGGGAAUAUUUGUCAGGAAGAAGGCUGCUGAGAGACGGGCUCAACUUGUUGAGUUGGAUGAUCCAUAGACAUGGCCCGUAAGGCAAAGCUGAUCCGGUUUUGAUGUUGAUGUGCUUGGUCUCCUCUGCCUGCCUGCCUGCCUGAUUCAUGUCAUACUGAAUUUGUUAACAGGAGCUAGGAGCAGUGGUAGCAUAGCUCGUUUCUGAUCUGGCAGUUCCUCGGGCUAAAUCCUGACAUCUGGGAUCUAUCUGGUGUAUAGUUCUAGGCUUGUACAGUAAGCUUCCAUCUUCGGGUGAUAACUCCGUUACUGUUGUGUUCUACUUAUAAAAUGUUGUCUUCUCAACAUUCUUGCCUGCUUGUACCGUAGAGCAACAAAGUUGAGAGCUGCUUCUACCGAAGAUGUUUCCAGUACAAGAUCUUAGUAGUAGCGACCUUCAAUAGGUAGAAAUUAGCACUAGUUCUUUUCCUUUCGGGUUAUUUAGAUGUGACCGGGUAAAGUGGUCGAACUAAAUGCACGUUCUACCACUGCGCGUGUUUUUUUUUUUUCCUGAUUUUUAUUUGUAUUUUCGUUGUAGUUUGGUAGUUGAAAUUCAAUGUAAUGAGUCUGUCUUGUUUGUUGUUACAUUUAACGCAAGAAUAAUAGUCAAUGGUAGUGAGUGAACCGGUGAUGAAUUUAUCGGAUAAAA